CCGUAAAGCCCGCAGCGAAGACGCAGCGGCGCCCGGCUCUGUUUCCCCGCUUUCCGUCCUGCACCUCCUCCACGCUGGGCAAGGAAGCGUCUCCGCGCCGGAUCGUCGCGCCGGGACCAGGUGAUUCUGACUUUCUGGAGACUGGAAGCCACCAUGCCACAGCCCAUACCUCUGGUGGACUCGUCAUGGCAAGUAAACCCAGCCGCCUUGAAGCUGCUCGGAAGCCUCUCCGGCCCCCCCUGUGUGGUGGGUAUCUUUGGACCGAAGGGCACGGGGAAAUCUUUCCUCUUGGGCCAGCUGGCAGGGCAGGAGAACGGCUUUGGCCCCAUGCCAGGAAUAUGGAUCCAGCAGCUGGCUCAUCCGACAAAACCAGAAAAAAACCUCAUUUUACUGGACACAGAAGGUUUUCCAGAGAAGAUGGACAAAGGUGAUGAUAACCUUUUUUCCAACUUCUUCUGCUUAAAUGCCUUGCUCUGCGACCUCCUGAUAUAUAACACCAAAUGUGAUGAAGAUCCCCAGAAAGAGUUGGAAAAACUUUCCUAUGUGACACAGCUGGCAGAUAAAAUCCUCGUCUCUGAGGAUGAUCCUUUGGAGAACAGCAGCUUGCUCCCUGGCGUCCUUCCUGAGUUUGUUUGGUGCCUUUGCAAUGUGUCUUCUGACUCAGUUUGGGACGAUAUGUUCCAACUCACAAACAACAGCAUGGAUAGCUUCCUUUUUUCCCUUGCAGCUUUGAAGGCAGAGACGCCGAUUGACUGCAUACAGAAGCUCUUCCCCUCUCGGAAGGCAUUCUGCUUUCGCUGUCCUCAGGUGAAUGAAGAGGAUUGGGGGCUCUUCCCACCAGACUCACUGCAUCCCGUGUUCCAGAAGCAGUUUCGAGCAUUUAAUGACUAUAUCCUGAGCAAAGAGCCGAAGAUAAAUGUCAGUGGUAAAGUUUUGUCUCAUAAGCUGGACCUGUUUGUGGAUGCCUUAUCAAAGGAUAAGCCUAUCCUUCUCAGCCAGAUCUCGGAAACUCUCCAAGGAGUAAUCCAGUGGAAUGCCUGUGAGAGCCUUACAGACGCCAUGAAGAAUUUUGCCUUGGAAGCCCCAGAAGAAGAUGAGCCCUUUGAGGGGGAACACAAGUCCAGAGAAGCAUCUCCAUUUCAAGUGCUACCAUCCUGGGAUCCAGCAAGUAUCAUGAAAGGGCCAAUGUGCCUGAUAGAGAACAAGCCCAAUGAGCAGCUGCAAAUCAAUCUGGAUGCCUUACAACUUCUGCAAAGCAUUGGGCAGCCUGUGAUGGUGGUGGCCAUUGUGGGGCUGUACCGCACUGGCAAAUCUUAUCUCAUGAACAGGCUGGCAGGAAAGGUGAAAGGAGGUUUCUCACUAGGUGCCACAGUACAAUCCCACACCAAAGGUAUCUGGAUGUGGUGUCUUCCACAUCCCUUAAAGCCUGACCAUACCCUGGUGCUCUUGGAUACGGAAGGUCUAGGUGAUGUUGAGAAGAGCAAUACAAAGAACGACGCAUGGAUCUUUGUACUCUCCAUCCUGCUGAGUAGCACUUUCAUUUUCAACAGCAUGGGAACCAUUAACCACUACGAUUUGGAACAACUGCACUAUGUGGCUGAACUCACUAAGCAUAUCAAGGUGAAGUCCUCUCCCCAGCAAGAUGGGGAAAGGAACGAUGGUCCCCCCGAUGACUUCACCUUUUUUUUCCCUGCCUUCAUUUGGGUGGUGCGUGAUUUUUGGUUGCAGCUGAAGUUGGCGGAUGGGCGCUCGAUCUCUGAAGAUGAGUACCUGGAAUUAGCCUUGGAAAGACAGAACGAUAUUCCAGAGAAUCAGGCCAAGAUUCAGGAGUACAUACGGCAGUAUUUCCCUCGCCGUAAGUGCUUCGUGUUUGACCGCCCAGCCUCCCGACGAGAUCUGCUGCACCUUGAGACUCUGGAUGAGUCGAAGCUGAAACCCGAGUUCCUGGAGCAAGCACACCACUUUUGCCGCUACAUCUAUCAAGAGGCCCAGCCCAAAACUAUCCAGGGAGGAUACGUGGUCACUGGGACACUGUUGGGGAGCCUGGCAGUGACCUAUGUGGAUGCCAUUCGGAGUGGGGCCAUCCCUUGCAUUGAGAACGCGGUGCUGGCGUUGGCUCAGAUAGAGAACUCGGCUGCUGUGAAUGACGCCCUCAGAUGCUACGAGAACAUGCUUUUUGUAGAUCUGCCCACAGAAGAUCUUAAUGAAUUGUUUUCCAUGCAUGCCUACUGUGAGAGUGCAGCCAUUCAGGAGUUCUUAGCUCGUUCCUUCCACGACAAGGAUCAAGAGUACCAGAAGCAAUUGCAGAACCAGCUGCAAUCCAAACUUGAAGAUCUCUGCCUUCAGAACCAGCAGGAGUCUAUGAGCCGUUGUCAGGCUGUGCUCCAGGAAUUGUUCCAGGAGCUGGAAAUGAAGAUCAACAGUGGGAGCUACUUAGUGCCCGGUGGCUACCAACACUUCCUGGAUGACCAGCAGGAAUUAGUGGAGAGGUAUCACACGGUACCUAAGAAAGGACCAAUGGCUCAGUUGGCCCUGCAAGACUUGUUGACAUCUAAGGAGCUAGAAGGACAAUCCAUUUUGCAUGCUGAUCAGACUCUCACAGAGCAGGCAAAGGCGAUUGCAGCCAAGGAAGCUGAGGCUGAGGCCUCUAUGCGGGCAAUUCAGCUGCAGAGAGAAAUUCAGCAACAGAUAGAGCAGACGGCCAGGGAAAACGAACGGAGUUUUAAGGAGCACAAAAAGCAGCUGUUGGACAAAAUGGAGGCAGAGAGGAGGAAGACCACGACUCAGUAUGAGGCGCUCCUGAACCAGAAGAUCCAGGAGAUGACAAGGCUUCAUGAACAACAGCGUCAGCAGGAAGUCCGGAAUCUUCAGGAUGAGAUCCAGAAACUGCACUCUGAGAUUAGUCAAAACUCAGGAAGAGAAGACCCUGGACCGUGUGUGUUGUUGUGAAGGUGGCACCUCAGAAAAGCUUUGAGAAACAGACAGGGACUCCUGAGUGCAGCUGGGACAAAAUGGGUGGGAAGUGAAGAGAAAUAUCCAGGAUAACAGAAUCUGUCUGGAAGAGAAGUUUGGACAAUCCUUGUAUUGCCGGAGUGGAAAUUCUGUAGCUUGUGGCCCAUCUAUGCCCUUCUGAACCUCAUUUGCAGCUCCCAAAGGUCUCAGACUGGCAGAGCUGGACAUUUUUUGUUUUUUUGAGUUGGGGGUUAAAGGAUAAAAUAGCAUCCUUUCAAGGCUCAAAACUACCCCUGCCAAAAAUGGGGCUAUGUUUUCCCCCUGAGGGGGGUUGUUAAGAGGC